CACAACACAAUCAAACCAAACCAAUAAAAAAAAUGUCUUCCCAAAUUCUCACACUGCUCAUCAUCGUCUUCCCACUACUUGCCAUCAUCUUCAUCAAGACCUCAACCAAAAAUAAACCAAAUGGGCUCGGGCUUCCUCCGGGGCCCAAAAAGCUUCCGGUCAUCGGCAACCUCCACCAGCUAGGGAAGCUCCCCCACCGUUCUCUUCGAGCCCUGUCGGAAAAAUUCGGUGAUCUCAUCUACUUACAGCUUGGCUCAGUUCCGGCAAUCGUCGUGUCAUCCCCCGACAGGGCCGCCGACAUCUUCCUCAACCACGACGCCGCCGUCUCCGGCCGGCCCCGUCUCUAUGCCUUAGACAAGAUGAGCUACGGCGGCCUCUCGUCCGUCGGCACGGCGCCCUACGGCAAUACGUGGCGGGAGCUUCGGAAAAUCAUGGUCCAGGAGCUCAUGACCCCCAAACGUGUCCAGUCUUUCGGGCACGUGCGCGCACGUGAGGUGUCCGCCAUGAUCGAGCGUGUGAAGAGCAAAUAUCCAGGCUCUGUGGACUUGAGCUUCCAGGCCUUUUCCAUGGUGAAUAACUUUGUGAGCAGCGUCGCCUUCGGGGAGAUCGAUAUUAGCAACGGUGGUGGAUUCCGGCAGAUUUUUCUUGAUGCGCAGCACGCCGCCGGCGAGUUUAAUAUUUCCGAUUACUUUUCCGGGCUCCGGUGGAUUAACCGGCUCAACGGCACAGACAACAUAUUGGAGAAGAAUUUCCAAGCCUUGGACAAGUUUCUCGACAAGGUAAUCAUGCAACAUGUCGAUAUAAAAAAGGCGAAGCAGGAUCGCGAAGAAGAUAUUGUCGAUGUGCUGCUUGGGGUUCAAAAGGAUCCAAAUCCGACCAUUGCUUUUACUGAUAAACUAGUAAAGGCCUUUCUUGUGGAGAUUUUUAUAGCUGGAACGGAUACUUCGGCGACAACAAUAGAAUGGACAAUGACGGAACUCAUGAGAAAUCCAACAGCCAAAGAAAGGGCACAAGAAGAAGUGAGAAAAGUCGGGAAGGGCAAGUUGUACAUCGAUGAACUUGAUCUUCCCCAGCUCACAUACCUAAAACAUGUCAUAAAAGAGUCAUUUAGACUCCAUCCACCUGCCCCAUUGCUCGCCCCUAGGGAAACUAUAGACAAGCUCAUCAUCGACAACAAGUAUGAAAUUCCUAUGAAUACUAGGGUUUUCUUCAAUGCAUCAGCAAUGUCAAGAGACUCGCGGUAUUGGGAAAAUCCAGAUGAAUUUAUCCCGGAAAGGUUUUUGAAUCGCCAAGUUGAUUAUAGAGGGAAAUAUUUCGAGCUUUUGCCAUUCGGCGCUGGCAGAAGACAAUGCCCUGGAAUCAACUUUGCUACCCCAUUAGUUGAGCUUGCAUUAGCGAAUCUUUUGUAUCGAUUCAACUGGGAACUUCCACCGGGAAUGUCUCGCGACGACAUUGAUUUGGAAGAAGCUGUUGGGAUUACAAUGCAUAAGAAAAUCCCUCUUGUUCUUGUAGCUUCACCGGUGAAUUAGGGAAUUAGGGUUAGGGUUUUGUGUAUGAUCAUCAUUUAGUGCACGCAUCAAAUACAAGGCAAUAUUGAAUUUAGUUCAUGUGCUUAUAUACAAAGAAUGACUA